AUGGUUGAUCAAGGUGAUUUAGUUGUCAUCUGUGUCUCGAUUGGAGUGGCCCUUGGGGUUUUGAUAGCUUGCUUAGUAUAUUUUGGCAUAAGGUGGUACAAAAAGCGAGCACAUCUUAGCCGAUCUGCGAAUGAGCCUAGUUUAACAACUAUACCUAUACGAACAAAUGGCUUAGGAACAAGCACAGACUUCAGUGCUUCCCUCACCAGUUCCAUAGCCACUUAUAGGUCACCGAAUCCUCAAAAAAACCCGCAUCCAGCUCGGUGGAAUCAUCAGACUAAAGAUGGGUUUGCUUCUGGAUCAGGCAUUCUUAAAUACUCAUACAAGGAAAUUCAAAAGGCCACACAAAAUUUCACAAAUACUUUGGGAGAAGGAUCAUUUGGCAUUGUUUAUAAGGCCAUGAUGCCUACUGGAGAAGUGGUAGCUGUGAAGAUACUUGCACCCAAUUCCAAACAAGGGGAGAAAGAAUUUCUAACGGAGGUGCUUCUGCUAGGAAGACUUCAUCAUCGGAAUCUUGUAAAUUUGUUGGGGUACUGCGUAGAUAAGGGACAGCUUAUGCUUGUUUACGAGUUCAUGAGUAAUGGAAGUUUAGAAAACCUUUUAUACGGUGAAGAAAAAGAAUUGAGUUGGGAUGAAAGGCUGCAAAUUGCUGUUGAUAUUUCUCACGGAAUAGAAUACCUUCACGAAGGGGCAGUACCACCAGUUGUACAUCGUGAUUUGAAAUCUGCUAAUAUUCUGCUAGAUCACUCAAUGAGAGCUAAGGUUUCUGAUUUUGGCCUCUCAAGGGAAGAGAUCUUUGAUGGCCGUAAUUCUGGCCUUAAAGGAACGUACGGGUACAUGGAUCCAGCAUACAUUUCCUCAAGCAAGUUCACUGUGAAGAGUGACAUUUACAGUUUCGGUAUAAUAAUUUUUGAGCUCAUCACUGCUAUCCACCCACAUCAAAAUUUGAUGGAAUAUAUCAACCUUGCUGCAAUGGAUUAUGAUGGUGUGGAUGGGAUUCUUGACAAGCAACUUGUGGGAACAUGCAACGUUGAAGAAGUGCGACAGCUUGCUAAAAUUGCACACAAAUGUUUGCACAAAUCACCUAAGAAACGCCCCUCUAUAGGUGAGGUUUCGCAGGUUAUAUUGGGGAUUAAGCAAAGGCGGCUCAUGAAAGAAGACACCAUGUCAUUUGCAAGCACCAACUUCUCCCGCAGUGUGAGUCAAAUAGAGGAGCAACAGGUUGAAUUAAGUAGAAUAAUCACCGUGAACCACAGGGAAAUGGGGUGA